AUGGCACACACCUUCUACGACGGGACAAUCCCCGUCCUCCAAUCCCUCCUCCGCACCCUCACCCACGUCCUCCAAAAAGGCUCCACCCCCACCAACACCACCACCUCCCCCUCCGAACUUGAAACAACCAUCUUCGCCGCACGCCUAACACCAGACAUGUACCCCCUCUCCGACCAAAUCCGCCUGGCAACCCAAUUCGCCGAAAACCUAGCCGCCCGCCUAACAGCGCGGGACCCGGUCAAAUUCGACGGUUCCCCGACAACCUUUGCGCAGAGCUACGAGCGCAUUAAUACCGUGCUGAAGGCGCUGGACGCGGCAGAUAAGGAGCUUGUUAAUGCACAGGCUGAUGUGCUUAGUCCGACGCAGGUUGGGCCGGGUGCGGUCGUUGAUAUGAGUGGGAGUGCGUAUGCGCAUCGGAUUGUGUUGCCGAAUGUUUAUUUUCAUGUUACGACUGCUUAUGGGAUUUUGAGGAUGAGUGGGGUGCAGAUUGGGAAGAGGGAUUAUUAUGAGGGGUUCUUUCCGCAGUGA